CCGGCCUCCCUGGCUCCGGGGACGCCCACAGGCCCCGUGAGGCCGGAGAAGAGCUCCGGCGGCGGAGAGGAUCCCGAGCGCCCGUGCACCAAGGUGACAGAGGAACCAUAAACCACAAGAGGAACAAGGACAGCAUGGGAAUGUGACGCCUUCAAACACAGGCCGCAGAUGGUCCGUGAUGGAAAAUGUGAACCCGUCAGGAAGGAUCAUCGAAUGGCCCCUGUCUGACAACAUGCACCACCAGUGGCUCCUGCUGGCUGCAUGCUUUUGGGUGAUUUUCAUGUUCAUGGUUGCCAGCAAGUUCAUCACGUUGACCUUUAAAGACCCAGAUGGGUAUAGUGCCAAACAGGAGUUUGUGUUCCUGACGACCAUGCCGGAAGCAGAGAGACUAAGAGGAGAGAAGCAUUUUCCUGAAAUCAUAAAGCCAACUGGGAAGAUGCUUUCAGACAGCCAUCCUGAUCAGCCCCCGGUAUAUCUGGAGCGGCUAGAGCUCAUCAGAAACGCCUGCAAGGAGGAGGCUCUGCGGAACCUCUCACACACCGAGGUCUCUAAGUUUGUCCUGGAUCGAAUAUUUGUCUGUGACAAGCACAAGAUUCUUUUCUGUCAGACUCCCAAAGUGGGCAACACCCAGUGGAAGAAAGUCUUGAUCGUCUUAAAUGGAGCGUUUUCUUCCAUUGAAGAGAUCCCUGAAAAUGUGGUCCAUGACCAUGAGAAAAAUGGCCUUCCGCGUCUCUCUUCCUUCAGCAAAAUAGGAAUUCAGAAGCGAUUGAAAACAUACUUCAAGUUUUUUAUUGUGAGAGAUCCCUUUGAAAGACUGAUUUCUGCCUUUAAGGAUAAGUUUGUUCACAAUCCACGAUUUGAGCCUUGGUACAGGCAUGAGAUAGCCCCAGGCAUUAUUAGGAAAUACCGGAAGAACCGGACAGAGACCCGGGGGAUCCAGUUUGAAGAUUUUGUGCGCUACUUGGGUGAUCCAAACCGCAGGUGGUUAGACCUUCAGUUUGGGGACCAUAUCAUCCACUGGGUGACCUACGUAGAACUCUGUGCACCCUGUGAGAUAAAGUACAGUGUGAUUGGACACCAUGAGACGUUGGAGGCAGAUGCCCCAUAUAUCCUGAAAGAAGCUGGCAUAGACCAUCUGGUGUCCUACCCCACCAUCCCUCCAGGUAUCACCGUGUACAACAGAAGCAAGGUAGAACAGUACUUCCUGGGCAUCAGCAAACGAGACAUCCGGCGUCUCUAUGCACGGUUUGAAGGGGACUUCAAGCUCUUUGGGUAUCAGAAACCAGAUUUCUUGCUAAAUUAAUGCAUAGGACCCUUGAAUAUUGCUAGACUAGGGGCUGGCUAGGUGGAGGUCUGAGCACAGAAGCAGCAUUUCCUCUACCAUGUCCCAUGGUUCUGUGCACGGACGAUGUUGGGCUCUGAUUACCUGCUUAGCUCAGGUGACAGAUGCUCUGAUGACUCCCCUCCCCAGCCUCUGUCACCCCCAUGAAAGGUUAGGAAAGACGGAUGUUUGGAGACAGGUGGACAGACCCAGAGGGUGUGUUAGGAACCUGCUUCCUUCAGCUGUCACGUUGUCAUUGGCACUGUGUCAGCUAACCAGUGGUCGGGUAGUGUCAUCCAUGACCUGUGGACUUAGUGCUUUCAAGAGAGAUGGAGAUGCCGGACAGACGGCUGCAGAGGUUACUGGGGCCCAUAUAGCAUUGAAUCUAAGCCAGAAUGAUACCUCUUUCUUCCAUUUUGGCACAGCAAUAGCCACAGAAGCAGAUCACAUGCCUCUUAAGCUUCAGGCCCUGUGACAUUUGAUGGUGAUAAUAACAGAACAGUUUGAGAGGUCUGACCUUUCAGGACCCAAGCUAGCCCAUUUUUCAGGACUUCUGACCCUAGAAAUACCUGCUUCACUCUGCAGAAGAGAUUCCUUUCUGGAAAGUGAGGGUAUUAUCGGAACAUCUUUGAGGACUUAGAGCUUGGAACAGGGAAGGAGGAACCAGCCUGUCUUGAGAACUCAGGCUGCUGUGGAAUCAGGUACCGUUGUCUUUGUAACUGCUUUUGUCUUCACCUGCCCCAUCAGAGUGAGCAGCAGGGGCGUUUCCACCUGUCUCCUGAAUGAACCUCUCUGUCCUGAAAUGGGAGAAAAGACACAGCAUUUCCAGCGGAAAGAGACAAGCACUUGCUGACAUGCCGUGAGGACACACAGGCGUGCCAUGCCUGCAUUGCAGAGUCCAGUGCUGUUUACAACUGCCAGUCCAUUCAUGUUGGCAGACCGGAUCCUAUGGCCCUGAGUCUAAUAGUGCCACCCUCCUCCACUGAAAAACCACAGUUGGGUAAUCAGAUUCAUCAGCAAUAAAAUCCUGGGUGAGGCCACCUCUGGUGACAUCAUCCAGGUAGCAAGUCACCUAACGUGGCACUGAGGCCAGCUCCAGCAAGAAGAAAGCCACAGCAGCUGUCUCAGCUGCCAACCAGCAGCAAAGGGCUAUUAAAGAUGGACAGGACAGUUUCUCUGAGUGAGUCGCUGGAACACUCAUCUUCCCAGGGUUGAGAGGAAUUGUACUAGCUUUUCCUCGAGGCUAUAGCUCUAUUCUCAAAAAGCCUUUCCUGAACUUGUAAAUGUGAAAGUAAAAUAAAAUUUAAAAUGUGUGCCAAAUCUGACCCAUGAUUCCCUGGGGCAGGGGCUCCAGGGCCACGGGUAACUCCUGGGGUGAGGGAUGGAGCUGGGGACUGGAAGGAGGCUCAGCCCUUCCUCGUGAACUGACAUGCCAUAAACAUGAUGUUGGGUUAUUUGUUAGUGAAGUUUUAGCAAAACCUUCUUAAAAAUCACUCCAGGCCUGAAUUGCUGAUCAGAAAUCUCUUUCCUGUUUUUGACAGGCAACAGUGUCAAUACUGUGUGUGUGAAGUUAGGGCCUUCAAGUUAGUCUUGAUUAAAGCAACAUUUUCUCUCAGAAA